UCAGGGGAAAACAAUUAACAAUAAUUUGAGAGAGUUCAAGGUGAGAGCAUACUAGGGAAAUUAAAAUGGUUGAUGUUAAUGAAAUAGGCUCCUACCCCGGAACACCGAGACCGGCUUCGGCGGCAGCUACGCCUGCGAUAUCGGCUCCUCCUUCGCAGUUUCAUUCUCCGUCACUCACUCGGUCACCGCUUCUUUCCGCGGACGAUCAUAUCCAACCCGCGACCACCAAAACAUCGAGAAAUGUUACCCCGAGGAUUCGAACCCCACGCUUUAUUACUCCGUUGGGAAGUCCAAUUAGAAGGGCUCUUAAGCUUACCAGGCUUGACCCUCAUGAUGCUUGGCUUCCCAUCACUGAGUCGAGAAAUGGAAAUGCCUACUACGCUGCGUUUCAUACUCUCUGUUCUGGGAUUGGUAUUCAAGCCCUUGUGCUCCCUGUUGCUUUCACAAUCCUCGGGUGGUCUUGGGGGGUCAUAACCUUGACAUUGGGCUUCAUAUGGCAGCUUUACACUCUAAACUUACUGGUGCAACUCCAUGAAUCAACGGAAACUGGAAUGCGUUACAGCCGAUAUCUUCAGCUCUGCGGCGCAACUUUUGGUGAGAGAUUGACAAAAUGGCUGGCAAUGCUCCCCAUCAUGUACCUAUCAGCAGGAACAUGCGUGACCCUGAUCAUCAUCGGUGCCACGUCAUGUCAAUUGUUUUUCGAUACUUUAUGCGGAGGAACAUGCUCCGCUCACCCACCGACGACCGUGGAGUGGUACUUGAUAUUCACUUCUUCCGCGGUGCUUCUGUCUCAGCUGCCUAAUUUAAACUCGAUAGCGGGUGUGUCCCUCGUGGGAGCCAUCACGGCUCUUGGGUACUGCACUCUGAUUUGGGUUGUUUCACUUGCUGAGGGCAGAAUGCCUGGAGUAUCAUACAACCCGGUACGAGGAAGAACUGAAGUUAUUAGGAUUUUCGACAUUCUAAAUGCACUUGGGAUCGUUGCUUUUGCGUUUCGAGGCCACAAUCUCAUACUGGAGAUUCAGGCAACCAUGCCAUCCGACGAGAAGCAUCCAUCGCGUGUGCCAAUGUGGAAGGGAGUCAAGGUCGCUUACACGCUCGUGGCAAUGUGCUUAUUCCCUCUUGCAAUCGUUGGCUAUUGGGCUUAUGGUCAAAUGAUACCGGCAGAUGGGGGCAUGCUAACAGCCCUAUUCGCAUUCCACGGGCAAGACACACCCGACUUCAUCCUCGGAUUAACAAGUUUAUUCGUCAUAAUCAGCGCAUUAAGCUCAUUCCAAAUCUACGCAAUGCCGACGUUCGAUGACAUGGAAUCCCUAUACGUUAAGAAAAGGAAGGAGGCAUCCCCGUGGUGGCUCCGAGCAAUUUUCCGAUCUAUGUUCGGUUACAUAUGCUUCUUCGUGGCGGUGGCGAUCCCGUUCUUGGCAAGCUUUGCCGGUCUCGUGGGCGGGAUAUCGUUGCCGGUGACCUUAGCUUAUCCAUGCUUCAUGUGGCUUAAGGUUAAGAAACCCAAGGUUUUUGGGCCAAGAUGGUGGCUGAAUUGGUCGUUGGGUCUCUUAGGGAUGGCUCUAAGUGGAGUUUUGAUAGCGGCUUCGCUCUUUGUUAUUAUUGAUAGGGGUGUUGAAUUGAACUUCUUCAACCCUUAGUAAUUCAAAUAAGUUCUGCAUUAUUGUCAUUAGCAUGAUGUCAUUAAUUCAAAUAAGUUCUGCAUAAAGUUAUGUACUAGAGUUUGGUCAGGCAUAAAUGUGAGAUAUUUUUUUUGUAUACAAAAUAAUAAGAUUCAAAGAGUA